UUCCAGAGAAUUCACAACUCACUCGUCUAGAUUUGUCCAAGAAUCCUUUGGUAACCAUGGCUGGUGUCCUGGCCCUGUCUGUGUCUAUUCGAAUGAACGACACGCUUACCUUUCUUGAUAUUAACAUUCCGCCAAAUGACCUUGAUUUGGCUCAGUUACAGAAUGAUAUCGUUGCUGUGUGUACAAGAAACAUGCAACGUACGUUUGAAAACAACAAACCUCAAACAGCCAAGGAAGACGUCGAAAGUCCCGAAAUAUCAUGUGAACCCAAAGUAACCUGUUCUUCUUCUACAAUUUCAUCUGCUUCUUCAGCCUCUUCAGGCCUCUCACAUUCAAUCGAAGAACAUCCAGAUGUAGCCUCAUUUGACUACUCAAAACAGCAUCCCAGUCUUCCCAUCAACUAUCCAUUAGAAGACAUAUCAUUGGUCGAUGAUCUUCAACUCUAGUUAUUAUUAUUUUUGUGUUUAUUAUUACUUAUCUUACAAACAAAUGCAUACAUUAUCCCUACAAACUCCUCCUCCUCUUCGCUCAUAAGAAAAGAGUCUAUUUUCCAUAUUCAUUCAAAAAAAAAUCAUCCUCAAAUUGAAACCGGGUUC